AUGGACAUGUCCGAAGAAGCCGGCCAAUCUAAGAUCCAGGAUGAUGAUUGUUGCAUUAUUACUGUGGACUCAAGCAGUGAUGGAGAAUUUGAGCCCUAUGCAACCAAAAGGAAGGAGCAGAAGGGGAAUGUCAGCUAUGUGGUGAUUGACUCAGACUCUGAGGAUGAGUACUUCAGUGAUAAAGUGAGAUCUCACAUAUCUGAUGUGAGCAGCGAAGUGGAGAUUCCAGAUGAAGAGCCCACCCCUGUGGUAGAACAACCAAGGAAAAGGAAGAGUAAAACCAAAAAUAUAUGUGUGACACCUGCUGUGAGAGCAUCCAAAAGGCGUGCGCCUUCGAAGAAAAAGCCUGGUGCAGGGAAAAUUGAAAAAUCCAAGCCUGGGAGGGCUAUGUGCAAAAUACCUGGAUGUUUCUUGCGUGACCUAGAAAAUGCAAAGCAGUAUUCUGGAAGGAAUUUCAAGCAGAACAAGGACAGCCUGGUCCAGAAGAUCUACGCCCUGUUUAACAGUUCGGUCUUUGAUAAAAAGCUGCCUGAGAAGAUAGAUAUUGGCUGGAACAAGAAGAUGCUGAGAACUGCUGGCCUAUGCACCACUGGGGAGACUCGUUACCCGAAGAAGGAGCGUUAUGCGAAGAUUGAGAUUUCUCUGAAAGUCUGCGACUCUGCAGACCGACUCCGGGAUACUUUGAUCCAUGAAAUCUGCCACGCAGCCUCCUGGCUAUUGGAUGGCGUCCGUGAUUCUCAUGGUGAUGCAUGGAAGUAUUAUGCCAAGAAAUCAAAUAUGGUGCACCCAGAGCUGCCCAUGGUCACCCGCUGUCAUAACUACAAGAUUAACUACAGGAUCCACUAUGAGUGUACCCGGUGCAAAACCAGGGUUGGCCGCUACACCAGAUCCUUGAACACUGAUCGCUUCAUCUGUGCCAAAUGCCAGGGACCUCUGGUCAUGCUGCCGCUAACUCGAAAGGAUGGGACCCCCAUUGCGCCCCAUGUGAGACCCUUUGCUAAGUAUGUGCAGGAGAAUUAUAGAACCAUUAAACAUGAGACGGAAGGGAUAAGCCAUGGGGAUGUGAUGAGAAGGCUCAGCAAGGAUUAUGCCAUUAGGCAAGGGCGGGAUCGGGAUCAGGAUCAGGAUCCAGAUCAGGAUCAGGAUCAAGAUCGGGAUCAGGAUCAGGAUCAUUGAGAUUAUCUGGGAGUGUAUUCGUGUGGGCUGAGCACCCUACCGCUGAGAAGUUUUAGAAAAAUAUCUUUGUUUCUGCUAAGUGACGAAUAAUAAGAUUUAACCCUUUUCAUUAUAGCCUCAUACUGUUAGUGAUGAUUGUUCUUAAGCAAGGAUUCUGUUGCUAAGCAUUUUGUAUCCUUGAUGGUACUCACAAGCCCUUUGGGUAUAUUACUUAGAUUCCAUAGUUUUAAGACAUAGAACAUAAGUGCAAAAGGCAAACUGCAUUUUUGGGAGGGGUGGGUAGAAAAAAUGAGAAUGAUGCUGGGAAGAGAACCAGUUUUAAAGGCAGCAUUCUCAGGACUGGGGCUGCCAACAUAUAUACCUAGACAUAAAAGACAUGUUUCGUGAGUUGCUCUUGAUAUUGA